UUUUGUCUACAAUGACUCUGGAAAAACAAAUUGGAACCAACAGUUGUGUUGGGGAGGUAUGUUCAUAUUCAUAUUGUUAUUCUGUAGCCUUUCAAGAGUCACUUUUGGUCUUACCCAACAUAUAUUUGUUCUUCAGGUAAUUGUCUUUCUUAUGAUGUAAUAUUGGUUGGUCCUUUCUAACUUCUAAGGUGUUCAAAUAUGGGGAACAAACAACCUUCCCUUUAUGACAGUUCAAAGUUCAAACCAUUUAUGGUGACUAUUGCAUUAUUUUGAGUAGACAAGGUUGCAUUUGCAUUCAGCUGCUUUUGUCUUAUCCUAUGUUGCUCGAAAACUUAAGUGGUGCAAAAGCUUCACACCACAUUGCUUCUGGCAUUUUCCAUUACCCUCUUAGGUUCAAAUAAUGUCACUCAAAUUCUUCAAACCUCUGUUUGAUUCUUUCGCAAUGCCCCUGCAUGAAUCCAAUAUGGAGAAAAAUGGUGUAUUUUUCACCUAUUUUCUUGGUAUUUUAGCUGUACUAUGGUUUGUUUCAUUUCUCAUCAGUAACUCAAACAAGGGAGUGCCGCCAUUGCCACCCGGGCCUAAAGCUUUUCCCUUGAUAGGUAAUCUCCAUUCUCUUGAUCCUGAACUCCACACCUAUUUUGCAUCUCUUUCGCAAACUUAUGGGCCCAUUUGUAGACUCUGGCUUGGAAAAAAAAUUGGGAUUAUUAUUACUUCUCCUUCCUUAGCUCGUGAGGUGCUUAAGGAUCAAGAUACCCUUUUUGCUAACAGAGAUAUGCCUGCUGCUGCUAGAGAAUCUUCAUAUGGUGGCAAAGACAUAGUUUGGACUCCUUACGGACCGAAAUGGCGCAUGUUGAGGAAGGUUUGUGUUCGCGAUAUGCUUAAUGGUUCUGCUUUAGAUUCUGUUUGUGGACUAAGGCGACAAGAGCUUAGAGAAUCAAUCAAUUGCUUCUAUAAUCAGUCAGGAUCGCCUGUGAAUGUUGGUGAACAGAUGUUCUUGACAAUGCUUAAUGUGAUUACAAGCAUGAUAUGGGGUGACACAGUGAAGGUUGAGGAAAGAGCUACUCUUGGAGCUGAGUUUAGGCAUGUUGUGACUGAGAUGACUGAGCUGCUUGGCAUGCCCAAUCUUUCUGAUUUUUACCCGGGCUUGGACUGGUUUGAUUUGCAGGGUCUUACAAAGAAGAUGAAGGUGUUGUCAAAGAGAUUUGAUAAGAUAUUUGAGAGCGUGAUUGAUCAAAGAAAAGAAUUGGAUAGAAAUGGUGAGAUGGGAACUUUUGUUGGCCGAGAAAGCAAGGACUUUUUGCAAGUUUUGCUGAAGUUGAAAGAUGAAGCAGAUACCAAAAUGCCUCUGUCUAUGACUGAACUCAAAGCAUUACUUAUGGAUAUGGUUAUUGGUGGAACCGACACAACCUCCAACACAGUUGAGUUUGCCAUGGCUGAAAUUAUGAACAAACCAUAUGUCCUGAGGAAAUUACAACAAGAACUAGAGAGAGUUGUGGGAAAAGAUAAUAUUGUUGAAGAGUCUCAUAUUCAAAAAUUACCGUAUCUCUAUGCAGUUAUGAAAGAAGUCUUGCGCUUACAUCCAACUCUUCCACUCUUAUCGCGACAUUGUCCUAGUGAGACAUGCACUGUGGGAGGAUACACUGUUCCUAAAGGAUCUCGUGUUUAUGUAAAUGUAUGGGCUAUGCAGAGAGAUCCUUCUAUCUGGGAAAAUCCAACUGAAUUCCAUCCGGAAAGAUUUUUGGGCAAUAAAUGGGACUAUAGUGGAAAUGAUUUCAACUACUUUCCAUUUGGUUCUGGCAGAAGAAUUUGUGUGGGGAUAGCCAUGGCAGAGAGGAUGUUCAUGUAUUCACUGGCUUCACUCGUUCAUUCUUUCGACUGGAAGUUGCCCGAAGGAGAGAUAUUAGACCUUACAGAGAAGUUUGGUGUUGUUUUGAAGAAGAAAAUGCCUCUGAUGGUUAUACCCACUCCAAGAUUAUCCAGUCCAACACUCUAUGAGUAAGAUAAAAGAUGUUCCACUAUUCCAUGUGAAAUGGCUGAUUUCCAUGACUAAAUAAAUAUUCUAUAGUGAAUCGAAUUUUGAAAUAGUACAUGUAUUACUUCACUAGAAGCUCAUAAAAUUACAAAGAGAAUAGUAUACGUGCAGAAAGAAACAGUUGGCAUCUCCUUGAUAGAUAUGUUAACAGACUUAUCCAAUAACAAAUACCAAUACUGAAUAAAGUAUUGUGCUUCUCAAUAAAUCUUUAUAUAGUAAUUCGUGUGUAAGUUAUCCUUGAACCGAGCAUUGUUUAAUGAGUACAGAUGCUUGUAAUUAUUCUCA